GAAGAAAGAAACCAGAAAGCACGGUCGCACCGGACUACGGUUAGCGACCAUAAUAAAACCAGGACACCGCGGACGGAGAGCGUCAGGUCCUCCCCCGCUCCGCUCAUCUUGGGAAGGAAGCAAAGCAGAGCCGCGCCGCCGAGGAGGAUAUGGCCGAGGCCGACGACGCCGCCGCCGCCCGCCGGCGCACGGUCAUCACGGAGUACCGCAACAAGCUCCUGAACUGCCGCGAGCUGGAGACGAGGGUCCGCACAGGUAGGGAAAACCUAAAGAAGGCGAAGAAAGAUUACGAUAAAACUGAAGAUGAUUUGAAGUCCUUGCAGAGUGUGGGCCAAAUCAUUGGUGAAGUACUUCGACCAUUGGACAGUGAAAGAUUUAUCGUCAAAGCCAGUAGUGGCCCACGUUAUGUGGUUGGCUGCAGAAGCAAAGUUGACAAAGAAAAGCUGACAGCUGCAACACGAGUUGUCCUUGACAUGACAACAUUAACAAUAAUGCGCACUCUACCACGUGAGGUUGAUCCCGUGGUCUAUAACAUGCUACACGAAGACCCCGGCAAUGUCAGUUACUCAGCUGUAGGUGGACUGUCGGAUCAAAUAAGGGAGCUGCGGGAGUCCAUCGAGUUACCUCUUAUGAAUCCAGAAUUGUUUCUUCGUGUUGGGAUUAAACCACCAAAGGGCGUUCUGCUCUAUGGCCCACCUGGAACGGGAAAGACAUUGCUUGCUAGAGCCAUUGCUAGCAACAUCGAUGCUAACUUUUUAAAGAUUGUUUCAAGUGCUAUCAUUGACAAAUAUAUUGGUGAAAGUGCACGUCUUAUAAGAGAAAUGUUUAACUAUGCACGUGAGCAUCAACCAUGUAUUAUUUUCAUGGAUGAGAUUGAUGCCAUUGGUGGCCGAAGAUUCAGUGAGGGCACUAGUGCAGAUCGUGAAAUACAACGGACAUUGAUGGAGCUCCUAAAUCAGUUGGAUGGAUUCGAUGAGCUCGGAAAGGUGAAGAUGAUCAUGGCGACGAACCGGCCUGAUGUCUUGGACCCUGCGCUCCUUCGUCCUGGACGCCUAGACCGGAAGAUAGAGAUUCCGCUGCCGAAUGAGCAAUCCAGGACGGAGGUCCUGAAAAUCCAUGCAGCUGGUAUCGCCAAGCAUGGCGAAAUUGAUUACGAGGCUGUGGUUAAGCUGGCCGAGGGCUUCAAUGGCGCUGAUCUUCGCAAUGUCUGCACUGAGGCUGGCAUGGCCGCCAUUCGAGCAGAGCGUGACUACGUCAUCCACGAAGACUUCAUGAAGGUGGGGUGUCAUUUGCUUUCUUUCUACCUGUUCAUCCUAAUACAGUUGAGUCGGCACUCACUACAAUGUCUGGCAAAAUGGUUGCAGGCAGUUCGGAAGUUGAAUGACGCCAAGAAGCUCGAGUCCAGCGCACACUACAGCGCCGACUUUGGCAAGGACUAAGAUGAGAGUAGGAGACUAUCAGGCGACGCGCUGUCUGUUUUCUUGUACCAUGGCGGAGUUUGUCACACCGACCCCGACGAUAUAGAACAUCAUGUGUUUCUACCUUUUAUAUGUUGUGGGACGACUGCCUUUGCCGCGCAAGUUGAUGUAAUGAAAAGUUGAAACAGGUCUGAAACCGACUGGUUUCUUAGAUUUACAAAAUUGUUUCCUUCAAGUUACUGUGCCUUGAUUGUGGAAUCAAAAAAAUGUGGAAACAUUCGCGAUUUCUUCC